CACUCCCUCCGGACGAGCGCCCUAAUCACGAUAUCAAAGUGCUCAUCUUCUACACAACACCCUACCUGAUUCUUCCGAAUUCCUUGCCUAUUCGCUCAUAUACCUACCUGACGUCCCAAAACGAUGGCAUGCGCUGACUGUGUCUCCGGUAAUAUACACACGGGCACCCCGGUGGGCGAGGAGGUCACCCUCGCAGGCCUUUCCACGUACGCAACCGGAGACGCGAGCUCAAAUCGCAUAGUCAUUUUUGGCAUAGACAUCUUCGGCUGGCGCUUCGUCAACACUCGAUUGCUCGCAGACGAGUACGCCAAACGGGGCUUCCGCGUCUACAUCCCAGACCUGUUUGACGGGUACGAACUCCCGCAAUGGACCUUAAACGCCGCGGCGGAUCAUGAACCCACAUUCACUACGAAAGCUCUCAAGAUGCUCAUGAUUUUCGUCUUCGUUCCCUUCGUCUUGCGCAACAGCAAGAGCGCACAGUCCACCAAGAUCGGCGGGCUGCUCGCGCACCUCCGUGGCGCACAUCCAUCCGCAAAGAUCGGCUUUGUGGGAUACUGCUGGGGCGGACGAUACGCGCUUACCAUGAAUCCUCAGUUCGACGCCACGGUAGCAGCCCACCCGUCGCUCGUCAAGUUCCCCGCGGAGCUCGAGGAUAUUGGUAACCCUGUUAUGUUUCUUCUCGCGGCGAAUGACCACGGAUAUGACGGCGCGCGGGGGCGUGAGACGGAGAAGAUCCUGAAGGGGAAGGGCCUGACGGAGGUGGAGAUGCAUGUGUAUGACGGCGUGAAUCAUGGCUGGACGCUAAGGUGCAACAUGGAGGACCCGAAACAAAAGGCAGCCAGGGAAGAGGCGAAGGAGCGCGCGAUUGGUUGGUUUGAAAAGUAUCUGGUGGUCGAAUCUGAAUCGUAGGUCGCGAUCAGGAAUGGCAAAUAUUCGCCCUCUUGCUACAUAUACGAAUGCUCUCACUAUUGUUCUAUGAUUCCUUUUUGGGUGCAUGAUACGCUGCUCAGUAACGUGGAUUGGCCCACUCCUAGAUUCAGAAUAUCCUACACAGACCACUAGUCCUUAGCACCCAUUUACGCGGCAUGUUCUAGACUCGGAGAAUGCAAACUGUAUGUCCCUGGU